AUGAGAUUUAAGGAACAAAACCUUUUAUGUCGUUCUCCCGGAGCAGGUCGCUUCCUGGAUGAGGGGAGUAGGGUGUACUCGCCCUCUGCCAGCUACAUCCCGUUCGGGGCAGGGAUCCGCGUGUGCCUCGGGGAAACCCUGGCCAAGAUGGAACUGUUCCUCUUCCUGUCCUGGAUCCUCCAGCGCUUCACUCUGGAGGUGCCACCUGAUCAGCCCCUCCCUGACCUGCAGGGCAAAUUCGGGGUCGUCCUCCAGAUUCAGAAGUACCACGUGCACGCGAGACUCAGGAACGCUUGGGCAGAAGGCUAAGACCUGGUAGUACAGAGCGGGAUAUUAUUUUGAAGGUGGGAUGGUAGUAAGGACUGUUCUUUUUGUUGGUGCUGUGGGUUAACUUAGUCUUAAGAUCUUAGGGAACUACUUUUUUUCCUUUUUUGCUCUUCAUACUGGGUGCUAUCUAUUGCAUAUAACGACUCAGUUAACAGUCAGAGCUGUUUUUGUAGCAGGCUAGCUUCAACUUCCAGAUCUUCAGUUCCCAAUGGACUAAAUCAACUGUUUUAUUUGCCAAAUUCUAAGGUUGUAACUAUGCACAUCCUUUUCAUGUGUUAAGGUGUUUUUUCCCCCCAUUUUAUGAUAUUUUUAUUAGAGGCAUCCCUGGUGGUGUACGUCUGAAUAUUUGAAAUGUUUUCUUGGAAGAAUUAAAGGUUUCACACCGAUUACAUCA